AUGCCCGUGCUUCGAUCGAGGAAGGCGUUGAGCUGCUUCUAUUGCGGCAAGAGGUCCAGCCUGAAGUUCGAGGGCCAGCGGUCAUUUGACUGCGCGCAUUGUGAAGCUACGAAUUGGCUAGAUGAGCAAGGACAAAUCACCGACCCACCCGCUCCUGCAGCGCAAAAUGAUCGCAUUCGGUACGCCGUAUCUCGAGCUUCGAGCGCCCCGAGACAGAUGUCCUCGUUGUCGCCCGAACCAGACGACCCGAUAUUCUGCGCGACCUGCUUGAGAAACCAGCGAUUGGUAACGGAAUCGCUGAGGCAAUAUGAAUUCCCCGAUGAUCCCCAAGACCCAGAGUAUGCGACGAGGGAGCGGGCCUACCGCAAGUGGAGGAGGGGUCUUGAGGAAAGAUACCCGCAGGUCUGCGCCAAGUGCGAGCCGAAGGUGCGGGAAAAGUUGGACGCUGCGAGCUACACGGCAAAGACGGAUCAUCUUAGACGCAUGAUGGACCGGACGGAAAAGCAACUACAGACGGUGAAACGACGAGGAUUCUUAGAUGUCGUCGACACGGCGGGCAGGUGGAGCUGGCACAUAGCCUUUGUCAUCCAGUUUCUGUGGCACAUUACAGUACUUCUCGCCCUCUUCGUCAGAUACGCUUCGCAAAACAAAAGCGAUUCUCGGGCAUUGCAGACAUUGACGGCGGCCUGCGCAGUCGGUAUGAACCUCUCACCUUCGCCAGAGCGACUCAUGAAAUGGGCCGUGAACAUGAGCAUGUGCGCUUUUCCAUGGAACCCCAGAUUCAAGCAGUCAAUCCGAGGUUUCACCUCACAUAUACUUGGUUUUCGACGGUGGUACACAUACCAACUAGUCAUCUUGUUCAUUCGAGGCGCCUGUCUCUUCAUUUCCCAGUCUACGGACUCGGACUCGAAGGGCGAAGGAAUGUCGACAGUGGCGCAACUCGGUGCCCACAUCGUCAUAGCUUCUUUCAUGCUCCACUUACAUAAAGUCGCGGAGAAGUCCAUUCACACAGACACAACUCCUCUAUUCGGCUCCAGCCGUCCUCCCCGAUCCAUGCAAAGCUCACCGCAAGAGCAUGUACGAGAAAGGGACCCAAGCGACCUCGGCAACAUCUUGGACGAUAUUGCUGCAGAAUCAGCGCCAAUGGAGAACGUGGUCUCUCCACCCAUAUCACACUUUCGCCCGAGCCAUCGAGAGCUGUAUAAAGCACCUAGCCCCGCGCAGAGCACAUCAUUCAGUGCAUUACCUCAACGUCAUCAUCCCCAGGUCGCCCUUGGAUCUCUAAGCCUCUCUGAUUCACCCACACCGGGUCGAAUGGGGCCUCAACAACCACCGGUCUAUGCGGACGAGAUGGAUUGGUCGCCCUCGGGCUCACAGCACCGAGCAUUUAGCACCCACAAUCCUUUUAAAAUCAAGAAUCCGAAUCCUCGCUUCAACGACGCCCCGCUAGAGCCCAAGCCCGGUCCUUUCUGGUACAAGAUCCCACCAGCACCUACGAACCCUGCCCAGAGGGCGCGCAACCCGCCACGGCCGGUCAUACGCCAAAGUCCAAAAGAGGUUAAAGAAAGUAUCUUUCGGUAUUCUCCGAAGCGACCCCUGGAUUUGGGCACGGGACGUAAAGACAGUGACUCUGGUCUCGUUCUGCAAGACCCCAAGUUUUACGCGCCGCCACCGGCUGACGAUCCCAGGGAUGGUCUGACAAGUAUCCUUGGGUCUUUUAGCAUCAGUCCCAGUCCUGAUGAGUUAGCCUUCUCAUCGAACGCUGGUGGUAGGCCGAGGUCCUCGAAUGAUGCCAGGCCCUUGAAUGACGCAAGACCAGUCAAUGAGCUGCAGAACGACAGGAGAACACGCCAGGUGGAGCUCGCCGUGCUGCUCGGCGCGCUCUACGCCUGGAUCGCCGCUUUGGGGACAGACAAGGACUACGCCCGUUUUCUGGAUGUCAGCUCCGUUAUAGUAUUGCUUCUCAUUUCCGUUCGAUUAGCGGGCGAUCUGCUACAUGAUGUGCAAGUUAAGGAGGGGAGAAUACCUUCGAGUUUUGCCCUAUCGUCGGUCAAUCUGGGUAUUACCCAGGUUCUCGCUACUCUUGCCCUACUUUGGGGCCUUUGGACAAGAGAUAUGACAGGACUUACGUAUGAGUUGCAGGGGAAUGUGUUGUUCGGGGUUACUAUUGCGCAUCAUAUUUGGCAUGCUUUUGCUUAG